UUUUUGUCCUCUCCGAGGUCCCGUCCAGUCUCGGUGUAACGCAUGUGUGUAGUGCGCCUGCGCGGUGUGGACCUGUCUAGCCGGUGGCGUUAGCUUAGCGCUCAGACUUCUGUAGUUUUUUCGCGUUUUAAGUGAAAAGCUGGUGAAGGUUUCGUUUCAUACACCGAAGUGAACAACCUUUCUACAGUUUGUGUCGAAAUUUAACGAGAAAACGGAACAGAGAAGGACUUUUUGAGCGUGAAUCAUCGGAACCGGAAUGAAUCAGUUCGAGCAGCUGAAGGAGGAGGAGGUUGACGAGCGUGAGGAUAAUGUGUGUGUACGGGAGGAAAAGCGUGACCUGGACAGCUCUAACCGGAGAAAAACUAUAACUCCAGGUCCAGGGGAACAUCCCCUACAGUAUAACUACACUUUCUGGUACUCUCGUCGGACCCCCAGCAGACCAGCCAACACACAGAGCUAUGAGCAGAACAUCAGACAGAUUGGCACAGUUGCCUCGGUGGAGCAGUUUUGGAAAUUUUACAGCCAUCUUGUGCGGCCGGGGGAUCUGACGGGCCACAGUGACUUCCAUCUGUUUAAAGAGGGCAUCAAACCUAUGUGGGAGGAUGAAGCAAAUAAAAAUGGGGGUAAGUGGAUAAUCCGGUUGCGAAAAGGUCUGGCCUCACGAUUCUGGGAGAACAUCAUCCUGGCGAUGCUGGGAGAGCAGUUCAUGGUGGGAGAGGAAGUGUGUGGAGUGGUAGUCUCCAUACGUUUUCAGGAGGACAUUUUGUCUAUCUGGAAUAAAACGGCGAGUGAUCAGGUGACGACAUCCCGAAUCAGAGACACACUGCGGAGGGUCCUAAACCUCCCCCCCAACACAAUCAUGGAAUACAAGACCCACAACGACAGCCUCAAGGAUAACUCCAGCUUCCGCAACACCAAGAUCACAUUGUGAGGGGUGUGUGAGAUCUCACUCACACUUCUUACACUUCAAUUCUCACUCAGAUGGACUGAACCCGACACACACAUACACACACUUGUUACCUCUGUGCAAGAGGGACUGCUGUCUUUUGUCGAUCCUGCGGAUCAGAGGAUGCACAGGAACAGGCUCCACCCUCUCGUUCCGACAUUCCAGAGCUGUAAAAACUCUGCUUUUUGUAACAGAAUUCCACUCUUCAGUUCCUUUUGAUCCAGUCUGACCGUUUCUUUUUUUAUUUAACAGUAAAGCAGAUGUAUGAUA